CCCUGCUUCCUGCUUCCCUACCAGCUCUGUAAGGCUCCAGGAUGAAGGUGUUCGCCGCCGUCACCCUUGCCCUUCUUGCGGUGGUCGCCGCGGAAGACGCAUCAGGUCACUCAGAUCAACGCUGAGGACGGGAUGAAGAAGGAAGGAGGGCAAUGCAGCAAGGCCAGAUGCACAAAAGACGGCAACGAAUUCAGUGCAAGAAUGUUUUCUUUGUUUGGUGUCUGGUGUUGUGGUGUGCAGCCUUUGUUCCCAAUGCUAGCCCUCUCCUGAAGAGUCCCAAGAGAUCUCUCAGGGUGAGCGAGGCCGUCACACAUACGCUUCAUCACUUUCCCGUGCACGGCCGUCCGUGUGUCUGGCAAUGUCCAUGCAACAUGCAGACAACCCCCUCGAUGAAGCUGGGCACCAACGCGCAGGGCUUGAUCGGCAGCGACCUGGAGUGGCCCGAGUUCGACCCUUUGGGUUUCACCAACAACAUCUCCGACGAGACCCUCGAGUGGUACCGGGCAGCCGAACUCAAACACGGCCGGGUCUGCAUGCUCGCCGCUCUCGGACAGCUCGUCCAGUCCUUCUGGCACCUGCCAGGUCAGCUCGGCGAGCGAAGGAUCAGAAGGGUCGACUGCGAUUGCUCUCAUGUGUCCGUGCUGCGUUCAUCAGAUCCGUCAGGUGUGUUUGACUCGACUGACUCGUCGUUCGGAGCCUUCAACAAGGUGGUGUCGGAGCGCCCCUGGGCGGCCAUCCAGAUCCUGCUGGCCAUCUUUGCCGUGGAGGUGCUGGGGGCCAAGACGCAGGCCAAGCCCGGCCAGGCACCGGGCGACCUCGACUUCGACCCAUUCAAAGUCAGAUCGGACGACCCUGAGGUGAGUGAGUGGAGCCGAAGAUGCACGACACACGCAGAACUUGGUGCACGUGCUGUAUUGUGUGUCGUGUGUGGUCGGACAGAUCUGGGAGGCCACUCAGCUGCGUGAGCUGAAGAACGGCAGGCUGGCGAUGAUCGGCAUCACCGCCAUGCUCGUCCAGGAAGCGGUGAGUCGAUGGGCAGACGGACGAUUGGAUGGAUUGCACACGACACACACACACACACUGGCUGGGCCGUUUGCUUUUGUCUCUAUCAGAUCAGCGGCAAGGGCGUGAUUGCGCAGUGGCAGGGCUUGGGGCAGUCGUGAGCCUGACUGUCCUUAUUGCAUGGAUCCGAGGUGUGUUUUUGGUUGCAACAAUCAAUGGCCGACGGGACGGACGGAUGCGCAAUUUUUACGCGUCAGCAAGACAGAUAGAUGAUCACAGAGCUGUCUGUUCUGUAGUGAGAGAUCGGAUAAUGACGAUGUGAAUAAGCGUGACUGACGUGUAAUUGAAAACUCUGGCAGUGAAGAUCAGGCCGUCCUCCGUGUGACAGAGGCGAUCGGAAUCUCGCUGCUCGCUAAGCUUG